UAGUUUUUUUUGCCUCCCUAAGCAUCUAGUUAACCAUCUUUCCCGUAUAUAUAUACGUAUUCACACACAUACCAUAUCACGAGCAAGCCUCUCUAUAGACUAAAUUAAUCCACAAAUCUUUGACAUGAUGAGUUACUACAUAGAUACCUUAUGUAUUAUUUCUCUCUUGUCUUGUCACUUCAUCACCUCUUCUUUUGCAGGACCAGUCCCAAACGUGGUGAGUGGUUCUCAGAAACUUAUCCCCACUCAAAUAUCAUCACGUGAUAGUAAAGUCUCACUAUCGAGCACAGUGAAGGGUCUCAGAUUACGUCCCCCGUCGUCUUAUUCUCUCAAAUUAGAGUCUUUCAGCACACUCAUGAAGUCUACCUACACCGAGAGAUAUGACUCACGUCCUUUUAGGGUCGGUAAAUACAACUGGACGCUUGUUGUGUACCCGAAGGGGAACAGGAACGAUAGUGGUACAGGGUAUAUUUCUCUAUAUGUCGCCAUAGACAGCUCUACUCUCACCUCUCCACGUCAAGUGGUUCCCGCAGAUCUUAGGUUUUACGUCUUCAACAAGAAAGAGAAGAAGUACUUUACGAUCCAAGAUUCCGAUGUAUGGCAAUUCACUAUAAACAAAACGAUGUGGGGGUUCCCUAGGGUACUUCCCCUUUCUACGUUUAGCAACCUGAAAAAUGGAUACCUUUACGAUAUGGACCAAUGCGAGUUUGGCGUUGAUAUCACCAUUCCACCGAUCUUUGAAAAGUCAGAACUUUUCUCGGUCGCCAAGAGUUUCCCAAACAAGAGAUUCACUUGGUUUAUUCAGGGAUUCUCGACACUGCCUAGCGAUUACCUAUCAGAGGAGUUCAUCAUCGGAGGAAUAAGUUGGAAUUUACGAGUCUUUCGAAAUGGUUUUGGCGCUCAUGAAGGCAAAAAUUUGUCGCUUUACCUUAACCUUGGGCCACAAGAGCUACUAAAAACUAAGCCUUAUGACAAGAUUUACGCUCGAGCCAUGCUUCGUGUUCCUAACCAAGGCCAGUCCAAUUAUAUCGUGCAACGUCCACUGGAUAACUGGUUCAGUCCACAGAAUAUUGGGUGGGGAUACGCUGACUUCAUGCCUCUUUCUGAUCUCAGAGAUUCAUCAACGGGUUUCGUUAGAAAUGAUAUGUUGGUUGUUCAAGUCGAAAUGGAGGCCAUUUCGACAACCAAGUACUUCCCUAGCUAGAAUACUACAUUUCUACCAAAUCAUAGUAUUGUAACAGUUAUAAUAAGCGAUAUAUACCGCAUUGCUGUUUUCUUUCGUGAAAUGAAAUAUUUUGUCUUGUGUGUUUUAAUUUUCUUUUUCUUAGAGCACGGUCUAACUUUAAUUUCAAUAAUUUAAAGAUUUACAAUAGCA